AAAUAAUAAGGUAGUAAAGACUAAAAGAAACAAUAUAAGCCUCGUUUAUCGCAUUCGGAUUAAGUACGCUAAAACCAAAUGUUGUAGGUACUGGUUUAACAUGGAAUACGUUUGAUUGAAACUUUCCCAAGUUGUAGAUCUGUAGAUCACCAUCCAGAAAAAUAAUUAAAAGAAUUGUGAGUACAGAGACGCAUGUAAAUGCGCAUACAUUCAUAUAUGUAUGUCUUCAAAAACAAACGCCUAUACAGACGUGUGUUUAUAUAUGUAUAUACAUAUUUUUCACAGACGGAUUUGUAUGUAUAUAUAUGUAUAUAAAUUAUUUGCUAGUUAUUUUUCAGGUAAUCUAGAAGAGGGAAGGGAUAGCAGAUGUUAAGAUAGAUAGAUAGAUAGAUAGAUAGAGAGAGAGAGAGAGAGAGAGUUAGGUAGAAAGAUAGAUACAGAGAGAGAGAGUGGCUAGGUAGAAAAAGCCAUCCGAAGAGCGAGAGAGAAGGGGAGCGGAGAACGAGAAAGAAAGAGCAUGGUCCACCUCAGUAGAAAAACACCGGUCUAGAAGAAAACGUCACUGAACACAUGGCUGAUGACGUCAUAGAAGAAAGUACAGCCAUUGCAUGGAGUGUUGCCAACGUGAAGAUUCUUUUUUUCGCUGGAAUAUCUCGGUCAAUAUUGACUUAAGAUUGAGCUGAAGCCGCACACGAGGAUUUCCGUUGAUUCUCUAACCUCUGGCCUUUAUGGAAUUAAUAUAGAAGAACCACUAAGAUACAAAGUGAUAAUAAUAAUUGUUACUGGGGUUCUGUCACGUGAUUGAGACAACUAUUUUAGCUGAAUGGUUUGUAGUAAUUUUAGCAGUAGUUGCGGUAAAUGCUGAUAAUUACCCAUCCUUGAUUGCAUGCUAUGAAUGGCUGGACAUGGAAGCUUCUUACUGAUAUCCAUAUUUACAGUUUCAUCUUUGUCAUCAUUGUAAAAAGGAAAGACAAAUUGUAUUUCACAAGAAGUGAACUGGAAAAGCAGACACGAUACGUGGAAAUUCACGCCGCUGUCGUGGGAUAUCCCGACUGGCAAGGUGAAGUUGGGAGGGGGAGGGAGGUGGCCGCCAGUUCCUGAAUAUAAGCGACGUUGCAUCUCCUCUCCACAUUACGCCGCUAAACUCUAAUCAGCAAUGAAUAGCAUGAAAGCCGUGAUUGUGUGUUGCCUCGCGGUAGCCGUCUCCGCCGGUGUAGACCGAAAUAGAGGUGGACGAGGAUCCAACAGAUUCCUUCCUGGGGGGUUGGCUGGCGUCCACGGAGGCGGUGUGUUUGGCGGCGGUUUCCAUGGUGGAAUCCACGGUGGUAGUGGUAUUAUCGGCGGUGGAAUCUCCAAUGGCCCAAGUGAAUGCAGAUAUUGGUGCAAGACUCUGGAGGGUCAGGCCUACUGCUGUGAGACGGUGCAUGAACCAGAGACACCCGUUGGUACCAAGCCAUUGGAUUGCCCACAAGUCCGUCCCACAUGCCCACGUUUCCAUGGGCCCCCCUCAACCUGUUCCAACGACUACAAGUGUGCUGGCCUCGAUAAGUGUUGCUUCGACAGGUGUUUGGGAGAACACGUGUGCAAGCCUCCCUCAUUUUUCAAUAAUCAUCUCCCUUUUUAAAGAUAGUUACAUCUAAUAAAAAGUCAGUACUUUUCCGGUUGAUAACGGAAGGCAAGAGAUCUGUGAUAUUUAUGAUAUAAUAAUAAAACCUUAUAUGUU